UCCCAGGACCCUCGGCCGCCGCCGCCCACGCGGGCAAGGAGACGUACUAGAGCGCGGGCGGAGGCCGGAACCCCGCGGGGCGCGAGGACAGGGGCGCCCCCGUGCGGAGCUGCCGGGCUGCACCGGCGCGGCGGUCGGGGCCAUGCUCAAACCUAAGGACCUGUGCCCCCGAGCGGGUACGCGCACCUUCCUGGAGGCCAUGCAGGCGGGCAAAGUGCAUUUGGCCCGCUUCGUACUGGACGCACUGGACCGCAGCAUCAUCGACUGCCGUGCGGAGCAGGGCCGCACGCUGCUCAUGGUGGCCGUGGGGUUGCCGGAUCCCGCGCUGCGCGCUCGCUUCGUGCGAUUGCUGCUUGAGCAGGGGGCAGCCGUGAACCUGCGGGACGAGCGCGGUCGCACUGCACUCAGCCUGGCGUGCGAGCGAGGCCACCUGGACGCCGUGCAGCUGCUGGUACAGUUCAGUGGCGACCCCGAGGCGACGGAUUCGGCUGGCAACAGCCCGGUGAUGUGGGCGGCGGCGUGCGGCCACGGGGCGGUGCUCGAGUUCCUGGUGCGCUCCUUUCGCCGCCUCGGCCUGCGCCUCGACCGUACCAACCGUGCGGGCCUUACAGCGCUGCAGCUGGCCGCUGCCCGUGGACACGGGACUUGUGUGCAGGCCCUCACCGGGCCCUGGGGCCGCGCUGCGGCGGCGGCGGCGGCCCGGGGCUCCAAAUCUGACAGCCCGCCCGGCCGCCCCGCCCCCGCGCCCAGCCCAGAGCGUCGACGACCCAGCCCCCGCCGCCUCCCGCGGCCUCUCCUGGCUCGCUUUGCACUAGGGGCGAGCGGCCAUGGCCACGGUGGCGAGGCUGGCUCAGCGGGCAAGAGUUCGGGGCGGCACCGGGCGCAGGGCAGUGAGCGACCCGAGCUGGGCCGGAGCAUGAGCCUGGCACUGGGUGCGGUGACCGAGGAGGAGGCGGCCCGUCUUCGGGCAGGGGCCUUGAUGGCCCGACCAAACUCGCCCCAGUCUUCAGGGACUGGGCGGUGGCGCUCACAGGAGGUGCUGGAAGGAGCGCCUCCAUCCCUAGUGCAAGCGCCCAUUGGUCUUAGCCCCCACCCGGAAGGCGGUCCUGGCUCUGGCCGCCUGGGUUUGCGGCGACGCUCCACAGCACCAGACAUCCCCAGCCUAGUCGGGGAGGCGCCUGGGCCUGAGACUGGCCUGGAAUUAGAGGCCAACGCUUUGCCCCUCUCGGCCCCCGGGUCGAAGCCUUGGCAGGCAGGCACGGAGGCUAUGGUGCUGCAGGCUCAGCGGUAAACAGCGCGGAGGCCUGAGCCUUUCCCCCUCACCACAUGCGUGUCUCUUUCCCUUUCUCCCAGCCCCUUCACCUCCACAGUAGCCCGACCCCCAUCUCAGAACCUGUCCCAGCUGCCAAAGCAAGACCUCCACCGGAAAUGAGAAGGGGACCCCCAUCUGAUGUCUUUGUUUGUUUUUUGCUUUCGUGUGUGUGUGCUUAUUGGUAUUUCCUGCCUUUUCUGCCCCUGGAAGGUGAGGUGUGGAAGACUGGUUCCAUAGCUUCCUACAAGCCCUUGACUCAGUCCUGGAUAUGCCGAGGUUCCUGCCAGCUCCUGCCCAGUUUCCUUCCCCUUGCUGGGUUUCCCAACACCCUGGCAGGCAGAAGAAUCAACCUGGAGAACAAAGGUCCAACACCACCCCUCAUGCUGACAGUAAUGCUACAAUCUGCCAAAGUCCCCCCCCCCCCAAUGUUGAGAGGACCAGGAGGAGCCCCAGAACCUUUAUGGACAGGAGAGCUGAUUAGAAAGAAAUCUGGCCAAUUUUUUUUCUGGGGUAGAAACUCCUGCCUCAAGACAAGAAUUUGGGCGUAGCAGAGCUCCUGGUGUUGAACACCAGUUGUCUCCCUUCAACCAGCUUCUGGGUAACUUGAGCUCCCUCUGCCUCUCAGACCCAGGAUUCAACUUCACUGAUAAUGUAGGAUCACUUCCCCACACAACCCCUACCCAGCCUGCUCCUCAGCUCAGAUGCAUUUCAAUUCCAUUUUUGAGGUUCAGUGCCUCACCCCUUGGGGCCCAGCCUUAUUUCCAUUCACUCUCAGAGGCCAGAAAUGGAAAAGACUCAGCACUUCCACGCCCCCACGCCUCUCUGCUCCCCCGUCCCGCACGUGGGUGCUCCCGCGCGGUGGAACGGUUGCGAAGGCUUUGCUUAAUUGUGCUUCUUGCAAUUCUCAAAGAACUUGUGUUUGGAAUCUUUGUAUACGAAGCUGAAAGCAGCGGGUCUGAUCUGAGUCUUAAGAACCUGACAAUAUCUCUUUAAAUAGAAGCUCCGCGAGGGGGAUAAUUGACUGAAGUGUUUGCGACGUUAAACGGCGGCGUGCAGGAAUCGGGAGCCCACACGAGCUGCAGGUCUGGGUUUAAAUUACAUCAAACUCUGGUGAGAACGGGAAGGGGCCUGUUAAACGCUCCUGCUGGGCCAAUAAUGAAGGGAGGACAGAUGAUGGCUGCUAGAGGUCCAGACCCAGGACUCCUGCUUUUCCCUCAUAGCGUGGGAUGCAUGCUGGGCCCUGUAUUAUCACCAGCCAGUUAAGUGAGUCAAGAGGCCCUAGCAGAGAGGUGGUUAAAGGCCCUGUACAGGCCUGGACCUUUGUACCCUCCCCUGCCCUCCUACUCUUUGUACCGCCUAGCGUGGGGGCGGGGUUAACGGUAGGGAGUUUGGCGGAUCGCUUGUGCGCCAGCACUCGCAGCAUGCCCAGCCCACGGGGUGGCGCAGGUGCGACUCUUUUUUUUUUUUUUUAAAGACAGUCUCACUUUGUUGCCAUCAGUAGAGUGCUGUAGCGUUAGUGCCAUAGCAAU